CGAUACAACUAAUCGUCGACGUAACCUCGAUUGUUGCAACUGACGUUUUGACGAUUUUGCUGUAAUCACGUCGUAUCAGCUGAUACAUGUCGGCAUCUGAUAAGAGGUUAAAUAGUGCAUCACAAACAUUGACAAUUCCUCAAGAUUUUUGUGAAAACUGAAAUAAAAUAUUGAACAAAAGGAAACAGGGAGAAAAAAGCCAUUGUGUUCUACAAAGAACAAAUAAAAGGAAUAUAUCAGAGAUGAAGUUUCUUUCUGGUUAAACAAAAUUGCAUUGUGUGUGUAAAUAAUAAUCGAAGUUACAAUAGUCUCUUCGUGAGAAGAACGAAUUACGUUUUGCACGUUCAUCCAGUUUUCAAGUUAUUUUUUUCUUUUUUGCACGAGAUUAAUAUAAUUCUGAGCAAAACGAAUUGGAAUCUACAGAAUAUGUUUACAUUUAUGACGUAUCGCAAAUGAGGAUGUAAAAGAUGCUGCAAGCUCGUUGGGAACGUUCUCAGAAACGCAAGAAACUCUUGGCUCAAACGCUGGGAGUUUCGAGUGUGGAUGAAUUGCGACAAAUUUUGGGAACAGAUGUGGAGGAUACACAAAAAAAGAGAGGCAGACUGUCUAAUGAUAAAUCCGACAGUGCAAUCAAGGAUCUGAAAGAUGACGCUGCUCCAACAGAUGAGAUUGUGUACAAGGAUUCUUCGACAUUCUUAAAAGGAACACAAUCGUCAAAUCCACACAAUGAUUACUGUCAGCACUUCAUUGAUACUGGCCAACGGCCACAAAACUUUAUCAGGGACGUGGGUCUGGCAGAUAGAUUCGAGGAAUAUCCAAAGCUGCGCGAGCUGAUCAAACUGAAGGAUGAUCUAAUCGCGGAAACCGCGACUCCGCCAAUGUAUCUAAAAACAGACCUGCUGUCGUAUAACUUGAAAGAGCUCAAUUGUAAAUUUGAUGUCAUUCUUAUAGAGCCACCUCUGGAAGAAUAUCAAAGAACGUGCGGCGCGACCAAUGUGCAGCUUUGGAAUUGGGACCAAAUAAUGGAGCUCGAUAUUGGUGAGGUGGCUGCCAAUCGGAGCUUUGUGUUUCUUUGGUGCGGUAGCAGCGACGGCCUGGACAUGGGACGGUUUUGCCUGCGCAAGUGGGGUUUCCGGCGUUGCGAGGAUAUCUGCUGGAUUCGUACAAACAUCAAUAAUCCGGGACACAGCAAAAAUUUGGACAGCAAAGCGGUGCUGCAAAGGACGAAGGAGCACUGCCUGAUGGGUAUUAAGGGUACGGUACGACGAUCCACUGACGGUGAUUUUAUUCACGCAAAUGUCGACAUCGAUCUCAUCAUAUCGGAGGAGCCCGACUACGGAUCCAUCGAAAAACCUGUAGAGAUCUUUCAUAUCAUCGAACACUUUUGUCUCGGCCGAAGAAGGUUACACCUCUUCGGUCGCGAUAGUACUAUCAGACCCGGUUGGCUAACCGUCGGUCCAGAACUGACAAACACGAACUUUAAUGCGGACCUUUAUCAAAGUUAUUUCGUCAAUGGACAGAUCACCACGGGUUGCACCGAGAGGAUAGAGGCGCUUAGACCAAAAUCGCCACCGCCUAAAGGAAAAGUAUCCGGCCGAGGUAGAGGAGGUUUUAAUCGUGGCAGAGGUAGAGGGAGAUAAAUUAAUAAUUUCAGAAUUCUGCAUUAUAUGUCUUUCGGACAUUAUUAUAAUGGAUGGAAAAAAUACAAGAAUAAUUACGAAGACACGUGUGAGAAUAUCUCUCGUAAAAUAUUCUCCAAAUACCUUAGCUUGACUUAAGUUUAGAAUCAAUCUCAUGACGAAGAAUUCAAAAUAAUUAUCUGUUUAAUUACAGAUAUCAUAUAUAAUAUUUCGUUAACUUUUCGCACCUAGAAUAAGAUUUUUUUCAUAAAAUUUGCUUUAAAUUAUUUUUGUGUUGCAUAUUUACUUUUAAAAUAUAUGACUUGUUUGAUUUCUUAAUUUCAAACAUUAAUUUGCUUUUUUUAACAAUGUAAAUAAAAUUACAUCAAAAAUUAUCUUAAAAUUUAUCUUAAAACUUAAAUUCCAAAGAGAAAUUAACUUCAUAUUUCUCAAAAAAUCAAUCCUUUAAAACUAAUCCAAAUUGUGAAACGCUAGUAUUAUAAAUAUCUGCAAAAUCUUUUAUCAGAAAAGAUACAAGUUUUUCAUGUUGCACGAGGAGCUGGAUGAAAAAGAAAUGAAGGUAAGACAGGUUUUAAUAUCAAACUUAUUGUUAUUGCAAGGUACAUAUUGUAAAGAAUUUGAACGCAUUAUUACAUGUAACUUAACUAUCCGUGAUAGUAUAUGGUAUUGCCUCUCUAUCUUUAAACCGUUAACCGUUAAUAUACAUUGGAUUGCCAAAAUCGCAGUUAAAGGGAGAUUGUUAAAAUAAAACGCUAAACAGAUCGCGUAAGAUCUAAAUUCGACAAAUUUUCAAGUAAAUUGUAUUUAACUACGCGUUAGAUCGUAGAGAAACAUAAACGAAUGUACAUAUAAAAAAUAAAACAGAUAUAUUUCGUUGUUGCAUCAUAGAAGCAAAAAAAAUCGUAAAGAAUCUUACGAGUAAUAUAAAUUAGUUAAUUAAAUAAUAGCGAUGUAUCGUCCUCGAGAGAAUAAAGAAACGCGCAUAUUCCCCGCGUCAGUCAUUCGAAAUAUACAACACCGAGUUACAAAAGUAGAAAUAUUGUAGAAAAAGAAAGAAAUCGAAUGUUGUUAUGACGUUCGUAAUUAUUAUGGCAUGUUUUCAAAUUCUUCUUUUUUUCAUAUAUAUUCAAAUUAUUUCAUUUAUUUAAAAUUCGUUUAUAAAAAUCUUCGGAUAAAAUAAAUGCUUUCCAUUAAUUGGACGAUUGUCGUUGCCACGUGCGUAUGUUCGACGAGAAAAUCAAUACGAUAAUUAUAGAUAAAUCAAUUUUCUAAAAAUAACUUCAGACUAUUUUUCAUGUAAAUAAAUCUGUCCUUCGUUAAGAUUCCUUAAAUGUGUCAUUCAAUGACAUUGUUCAAAAGAUUAACGCCGUGCUCUUUCGGAAACACAAAAGUAAUUAAUUUUCUAUUUCUGAGAUCAAGUCACAUAUUUUGUACUCUAUAGGUUGAGUCGUUAAUUUAUAAUAUAUAUCAUAAAUAUAGAGUUCUUAAGAUUAAGAUCGUCAUCAGCAAAAAAAAAAAAAAAAAAAAA